UCUUGAGAUAACAUUAAAAAAAAACUCUCGAUGAAGCGACAAUUUUUUGAUAUCAAAAUGCAUUGUAUGAUAAGUCCCAUGUCUGAAAGAAAGUGCACAGAAACAAAGUUGUCACAAGUUUCACUAUCCAGCAUUAACACGUCUGAUACAGCCGAGACUUUAGGCAUUCGAAUGGAAAAGUUGGCUGUUCUGGAUUAAAAUUAUGAAUCAAAUUUGAGACAAAGGAUUAUUUAGCAUCAACAAGUUGUUUACACCUCCUGCCAAAGAGGACGAUAUGGGCGGCAUCUGCUGCCACUCCAAAGAGGCAGCAGCAAAAAAGGAAGAACCAGCAAUACAUUUUUCUAAUGUACAAGAAGAAGAACAAAUAGUACACAGUUGUAUUAUAGGAAUAGCUUUAUAUCCACUUAAUUCACCGAAUAGGUUUUUAUUAAGUUUUGAAAGAGGAGAUAAGCUCAUCAUCGAAGAUGAAAGUGAUCCAGACUGGUACAUGGCACGCCAUAUGAAUGAGGAAAGGCGGGGCUUUGCACCGAAAUCAUAUUUGACUCUAGACCGAUAUGCAGGGGAGGAAAAUUGGUUUUUCGGUGACACCAAUCGAGCUGAUGCGGAGCGCUUACUCCUGCAACCAGAAAAUGAACCCGGGGCUUUCUUGGUGAGACAUAGCCACGCACAAGGUUCCUAUGCGCUGUCCGUCAAGGAUAUAGAUCACAAUUCAAACGAAGUUUUAAUAAGACAUUAUAAAAUUCGAACAUUAGAUAGAGGAGGAUUUUUUAUAUCCCCAAGAAAACCGUUUGCUACCUUAAAGGAUCUAGUCACUUAUUAUUUCAAUUCCGAUGGUUUAUGUCGAAGAUUAGAACAGCCAUGCUUCAGGUCACGACCAGCCAUUUUAGGACCCUUGCCAAAUUCUCGAGAUGAAUACGAAGUUCCAUUCGAAAGUUUACAAUUUGUUCGAACACUCGGAAAAGGAAAUUUUGGCGAAGUAUUUUAUGGGUUUUGGAAUGGUACAGUGGAAGUGGCCAUCAAACGCCUCGUCUCUAAUGGUGUUCAAACUGACGAAUUCCGUCGAGAAGUUGCUGUAAUGAAAGCCAUUUGCCAUCCUAAAAUUGUGCGUUUGUACGCUAUAUGCACUGAAAAGGAACCUUUUUGCAUUGUAAUGGAAUACAUGUGCAAUGGCAAUCUUCAACAUUAUCUCAAAACUGACCUUGGGAAGAAGCUGAGGUUACCUUCACUGGUCAACAUAUCUGCCCAGAUAGCUGACGGGAUGACGUACCUGGAAUCCAACAACAUGAUUCAUAGGGACUUAGCAGCUCGCAAUAUAUUAGUUGGAGACGGCGGCAUCGUGAAACUGGCGGAUUUUGGAUUAGCAAGAAUCAUGGAUGAGGCCGUAUACGUAGCGAGUGGUGGAAAACUACCGAUAAAAUGGACUGCACCAGAAGCAUAUACGACAAUGGAAUUUACAAUAAAAUCAGAUGUUUGGUCAUUUGGAAUAGUUUUAUAUGAAAUAUUUACUCAUGGAGGAACUCCGUAUUCAGGCCUGAAGAAUGCCCAGGUAUCGCAACUAAUAACAAAACAGGACUAUCGAAUGCCAAAACCCUCUGAUCCUGACUGCACCGAUCCUGUUUAUGAAAUCAUGCUUAUGUGCUGGAAAAAAGAUCCCAAAGACAGACCUACUUUUGAAUUCUUAUAUCACUUCUUCACAGAUUUUCCAGUAACUUCAGAAGCAUCAUACAGAGAAGCAGACUGAAACAUAACGUAGGCUUAGAGUAAAGAAAAACAAACAAUAAAUCAAUAAGAUGAGACAAGGCAUGAAUUUUGAGAUGAACAUGACACAUAUGAUAGUUACGAUAUUUUAGAAGAAACUAAAAUACAAUAAGGAUAGCACACGGACUAUUAAUCCAAUUUAUACAUUUUUACUACUUACUUACUACUUUUACUACUUUACUUUUAAAAAAAAUUCAAGAUAUAUGUUCUACAUAUAAAUUUGAUUUUAUAAGGUUGGCCCAAGUGAGAUCUCUGAGUGGCAUGGAACUUAGGUUUUAUAAUUCCCAAAUCUAAAUUCUGCAAUGGGACCACAGAAGCAUCACGAAAAACAAAUACUAUAAUGUUGUACCUUUUUAAGUUAUAAUAAUAAUUGUUUUUUAAUCGUGAUCAAAUAUUGAAGACAUUAUCAAAGCUGCCAUAUACCUCUUCAAGUUAUCAAUAUCACCGACGAAAAGAUAUUUGAUUCAUGACUAACUUAACGUUUACCAGCCAGCCUUACACAGCGAAUAUUUGAUGGAAUUAUAUAUUAAGCCUAGGAACCUUCAAAGUCAAGACAUAAUCAUCAAUCUACCAUGCCCCUAUACUAAAAUAUUAUUUACUAAAAUUCAUCAUUUAAUUUGUUAAGUUUUUGAGUUGUCGCGUUCAUAUUCUCACGAAUGAAUAGACUGACAAACAAUCAUCUCCUUAAAUAAUUUGGUACAAAAUUUGAUACAGCUUUACAAUUCUGGUGACAAAAACAUAUCAAAUUUCAGUAAUCUGACUCAUUGCAUUUUUAAGUUACCGUGUUCAUAUGUGGCUUUAAAGAAGAAUCUGGAAGGUUCGUUCUCUCUGUUUUUGAUAAGUUUCCUGCCAAAUGACGAGAGAAAAAUCAGAGAAUCUUCUGAAUAGAUAAUUUGAUUCAAGGAUUUAGGAAAAGUUUGUUUAAUAUCAUUUAAAUAGGUACUUUUAAAUUCAUAGUGGUAGAGAUGUGAUUUUAAUGAUAAUGAAUAAAAAGGCUCAUAAUUUA